UCAUUUAGCUUGCUCGACUUCCCCGGACACCUUUCCGUCUACCCUCGUACUGUACUUGGCCUACUUACAUCUCUCUCUGUCAUACGCUGACUACGUCGUCCUCGACUCGCUGACUUGACUUACUGCCUGCACCACAAACUGACACUACUCUAACAAAUGGCAUCAACCCACAUAGCACUCUUCGCUUAACGUCUAGUACACUCUCGGACCAUUCGUAGGUGCUCAUUCAGUAUGGACAGGAGAAACCGUCGGCUCUACCACAUCCAUAAAGCAAUCUUCAAGUUUCGAAGAAGUCCGUGAACCUUAGCAACUCCAACGUAUCGGCCCCUUCGGGCAACCUCAUAUCAUGGCUAGACCCUUGCGAUCCUACGGAAGUGUAUCCGUCUCACAAUGGAGAGAUCCACACAUGUAUUCACAGCCCCCAGCUCCGGCUGCGUAUCCGGAUUACGGGAAUACCGCCAACUACUUCUACCAAUUUCAAGAGGAAUCAUCUCCUGGUAAUUAUAAGAGAAUGGCGGUGCCUUACAAUCCCUUCGACUAUCAAGAGCCACCCUCUGAACACGAAGACGAAGAAGAUGAGCAAGUUGAGCCUGAGAAUGAGAUUGUAGAAGAACAACCCCCACCGCCUGCCCAGCCUGACCCUGCACCAGUUCCCGUGCCUGUGCCGGAAGUAGAGACUAUUUCUCCACCACCACCACCAGCAGCGCCGGCACCCGCGGAGGAAACUGCACCGCCAGCCCCAGCUCCCGAAAAGGAAGAGACACUUCCUGAUCCGGCGCAACCGACAGAGCCUGCUAAUGAAGAACCACCAGCUCUCGUCCCGGAGCCAGAGCCAGCCCCUGAGAGUGUUGCAUCACCUCCGUCUGAUGUUAGCGCUCCUGCGCCGGUAGUCGAGAGUCCUCCUUCUCCGCCAGUGACCGAUACUCCUCCACCCCCACCUGUGACUGAAGCUCCUUCACCAGCCCCUGUUCCAGCGUCAUCUCCCCCUCCAACUGCCCAAAUCGAUCCCACCCCUUCUCCUUCACCAGUAGUAGAAUCAUCGCCCGCUGCACCAGAUCCCCCGCCUGCAGCCCCAGAUCCGCCGGGCGACACAUCUUCCACAGAUCACGGCGAGAAGAGCGUUCACUUCUCUGCAGACACCAAAGAGGGCGCAGCGCUCAAGUUGAAGAAGAAAAAACCUCUUCCGGUUAUGACCCGACCUCACCAACCAACACGGGCUGAACUCAGGGCUGAGAAGGAAAAGAAAAAGAAGGAAGCUGAGGCCGCCAGGAUGGAGGCUGAGGCUGCUAAGAAAGCAGCAGCGCCGCCUUCACCCAUCCUCGCAAAGGCUAAAUUGAAGACUACGCCCCCGUCGCCGGUGCUGGCAAAAGUCAGACCGAAAGUGGCACCACCGUCUCCGAUACUGAAGAAAUCGAAGCCACUGCCAAAAGAAGCUUCAGACGAGCUAGCUACGGAGGAAGCUAACACGAAGGCGCCUGAAAAGGAGGAUGAUACCGUCUCUAAGUCAUCAGCAUCAUCAUCGUCGUCCAAGGAGAAGGAGAAGAAGAAACCGCCCCCGGCAAUGAUACGGCCACACAAGUCCGCAAAGAAAGACAACUCGAAGAAGGAGCUGGAGGCCGAAAAGAAGAAGUCCAAAAAAGACUCCUCGAAGAAAAAGAAAAGUAGAAGAUCCUCAAGCUCAAGCUCAAAACGUGACGCUGAGCUCGAUGUACCACCACAAGCUCCAAGUCCACCACCGGCAGAUGCCCUAUCAACAACAUCCAUGGAUGAGGACAAACCGACUGGCAGUCCAAGUGAUGGGGUGGCAGAUGUCUCAAACGAUGCGUCUAACGACGUUGAAACAGCGCCAGAACAGGAAGCUGAGGCUUCGGCCAAGGAACCCGUUGCUGAAGCGGGUGAGCCUGAGGCAGGGCCAGUAGAGCCGUCAGGGGAUGUGGGAGCUGUAGAUACACCUGCACCCCCCGAUGAUGAGCCUCCAGCUAUAGAGCCAUCAUCAAGUGAAGAGGCAUCUGUUGAUACACUACCUCCUGUGACGGACAGUCUUCCUGCAGAUCAGACUCUACCCGAGACCUCAAAGACAGAAGAGCCAGAAACUGAAGUGUCAAAGACAGAGGACCCAGCUACAGAGGACCCAGCUACAGAGGACCCAGCUACAGAGGACCCAGCUGCAGAGGACCCAGCCGCAGAGGACCCAGCCGCAGAGGACCCAGCCGCAGAGGACCCAGCCGCAGAGGACCCAGCUGCAGAGGACCCAGCUGCAGAGGAGCCAACUGCAGAGGACCCAGCUGCAGAGGACCCGGCUACAGAGGACCCAGCUGCAGACGAAUCAAAGGCAGAAGAAGCCCCAGCAGCAGCAUCAAGUGGAGAGCCUGCUACUACUGACGAGUCACCCAACACAGAAGAGGUGCAGGAUGCCCCUCCCGAUGCUCAAUCGUCGGACGACAGCCCGGAUACAUCCGAAAGCAAUCCUCCUGAACCCAUAGUAGAGCCUACGGGCGAUGGCGAUCCUAGCCCUCCAGUUCCUGAAGGUGAUCAAGACUCACCAGCUACUGAAACCAACGCCAAUGUCGAAGUACAAUCUGGAGAAGCAGAGAGCAACGCUCCAGGAGCAGAGCCUCAAGGAGAAGCCAGUGCCGACGCUCAAGGUCCGGCCGAGUCAGCUCCUGAAGACGGCAGUGCACCAGAGCAAUCUGGUACUGAAGAGCCUCAACAAGAAAUAGAGGCCGACGUUGGUGAAGGUGCUACUGCUGCCGGUGCUGAUGAGCCUGUCAGCCCAGAUGAGAAUCCGGCAGAUGCUGCUGAGGUUACUGAGGCUACUGAGGCUACUGAGGCUACUGAAGUUACUGAGGCUACUGAAGUUACUGAGGCUACUGAAGUUACUGAGGCUGCUGAGACUGCUGAGGCUGCUGAGGCUGCUGAGACUGCUGAGACUGCUGAGGCUACUGAAGUUACUGAGGCUGCUGAGGCUGCUGAGACUGCUGAGACUGCUGAGCCACCAACCACAGACAAAGAGCUAGCUGCAGACGAUGCACUUUCACCCUCACCUCAAGAUGUCCCAUCCACACCUGAGCCUAUCCAGACAGAAUUCGAAGGCAAUCCGGAAGACAAAGCCGAGGCUGACCCUCUAGACCGCUCAGAUAUCGAAAGUAUCGACCUUAGACCCGAGGUGCCUGAGCCUCCGUCACCACUGGAGAGCGACUUUAGUGCUGAGGAAACCGAUGGUGAUUCACAUGCAGAUGAGACUUCGCAAGAGGUGCCUCCGGAAGCGCCAAUGCCGCCUGGAAGGGAGGAUGAGGAAUUAUCAGAGAUUUUAGAAACACCCGACGCCCUAGAAGCAUCGGAGUCAGAUCUAGAUCAGGGUGUAGAUGCCACCAACAGUCCAGAGGCGACCGAAGUUUCAGAUACUCCAGCCGCCCCAUUACCGUCUCAAGGUGAAGAAUCGGAGUCCUCAAAAACUCCAGAAGCUCCAGAGCCAGUUCAAAAUGAAGGUGGGGAUGCUACGGCCGCUCCAGAGGCUACUGAUGUGUCAGAGGAUCCGAAAGAGCCAACGCCGUCUGCGAGUGGAGACUCAGAAUCAUCAAGGGAACCAGAAGCUGUGGAAAAUUCAGAAGCCCAGGACGCUGCUGAUACCUCAGAGACUAUAGAGACUCCAAUUCCGCCUGACAAUGUCUCUGCUGAACCUACAAUCAACGAUGAUAUUCCUAAGGAAACGCCAGCUGAUACUGUUGAGAACACUAAUCAGCCCGCUGAAGAAGAGAAGGCUACAGCAGAUCCACCUAGCGACCCUGCACCAUCCUCAGAGGAAACAGUGGCCGAAUCUCUUGCUGAAGCCGAGUGUAACGUCCAAGAACCGCUCAUUGAGAAUUCUGGUGAAAAGGACAACGCCUCUGAACCUGAUCAGACCACUGCUUCUGAUGAAACCGUCGAAACAGGUUCUGAAUCCCAAGAGUCAGAACAGCCUGUUGAAGAGUCCGCACCCACAACCGAAGAAGAUGAGACUGGCGAAAGCAGUGGAGAGAAAGAGGCAGAAACUGCGCCUGAGCCCGAAAAGGUCAAUCUCCCACCUGAAGUUCUUGAGGCAUACGGUCUCGAAGACGAGAGCAAAGAGAAAAUAGACCACGACGUUAAUUUGGCCAUUAUCGCUAUGUCUGCCAAAGAGGAAGAAGAGCGACUUAAAGCCGAAAAUGCAAAAAGAGCUAUCGAGGAAACUCUGAAGAAUGAAGGUGUCACAGCUGAAUCGAUUGAUCCUGUUGCUGUGGCUGAUCUUGCUGCUGCAAUGAUUGGCUCACCGGCGAGUGAAAGUCAUGAAGAGCCUGAAGCGGAUGAAGCAGGCGAACCAGCUACUACCGAAAACCAACCUGCGCCAGCUGCUGAAGUGGAUAAGACAGGAGCGGCAGCGACCAGUGAAGAGCAGUCUACUCCAACUGCUGAAGUGACUACUUCUGCUGAAAGCCCUCCUGACGUCCCACCAGACAAUACUGCUGACACCGAAGACCCGGUUGGAUCAGAAAAGCCCCCAUCUGACGAAGAGCCGAAACCUGACGUUGCUCCGGAGCAACAAGAGUCUUCAGCUCCCGAAGCCGAAUCAUCAUCGCCAUCUGUUCCAAAGCCAGAGGAGCCUCAACCGCCUGUCGAAACUCCUCCUGGGACUGACGAAGAAACUGAGGGUGAACAAACAGAUGCACCUGCUGCACCAGAAGUUCCUGCAAGUGAGACCUCACCCAAUGAACCGGCUGCUACCACAUCUGAAGAAACAAAGGAGCAACCAGCGAGUGAAGAAAGCAGCCCAGAUCCGCCGGCCGCUGCCGAGAGCGCUGAAGAAAGCCCACCCAGUGAAGAAGCGCCAGGCGAAAGCACUAUAGCCGAAUCAGUAAGCGCAGCCAGUGCCAUGCCAGCUGAUGAUGGCGACGACAACAAAGACGUAACAGACGCUGCAGAAGAUUCUAAGCCUGUAGAAGAUACACCAGAGUCGCCGGAAGCAAUAAAUGAAGCUACCGUACCCUCAAGUGAGCCCGAGCAGGGUACGGAAGAGUCAUCCAAAGCCGAUGGUGAAACGACGCAAGGUGACAUGGAUGUGGUUAAACCUGCUGAGCCUUCAGCCGAAGAGACAUCUCUCAGUCCGGCUGUUGAAGACAAGUCCGCAGAAGCAGAGAAACCCGAGGAGGAAUCUCCUAAGGAUGAGCCGGCUGAGGGACCCUCCGAGGACGAAAUUGCUAAGGAGGCAGAACCAACGGAUCAAACCCCAGCAGAGACCACAACUGAGGACCAGCCUCCAGUGGACGAAGGAGAGAAACCAAAAGAAGAAGACGCAAAAGCAGAAGAGCCAAAAGCAGAAGAGCCAAAGUCUGAAGAGCCAAAAGCUGAAGAGCCAGCAUCAAACAAGGAGCCUCCAACCGAAGAGCCACCAAUAGAAGAGCCCACAACCGAAGAGCCUCCAAAGGAAGAGCCUCCCAGCGAAGAGCCCUCAACCGAAGAGCCCCCAAAGGAAGAGCCUCCCAGCGAAGAGCCUCCCAGCGAAGAGCCUCCUAGCGAAGAGCCUCCCAGCGAAGAGCCCUCAACCGAAGAGCCCCCAAAGGAAGAGCCUCUUAGCGAAGACCUACCAAAGGAGGAAGACCCACCAAAGGAAGAAGAGCCACCAAAGGAAGAGCCAAAUGAAGAAGCAGUAAAGGCAGAUGAGCCGAACCAAAACACGGGUGCUCCUGCACAGCCGACAAACGUAGAGGCACCACAGGACGAGGUUUCCAAGGAGGCACAGAUUGAUGCCAUUGCGCCGCCUGGAGAACCAAGUGCAGAAGCUGCUGCCACUACCGUGGAACAAAGUACUUCAUCAGAUGGUACAGGGCCUCCGCCUCCAAUAGAGCAAGCCGUGCCAUCACCGCCUCCGCCGCUCCCGAGAACUAUUCCUCUACCACCUAUCCUUGAACGAUCCAUUCCUGAGAUUGUGCCGCCACCUCAACCCGUUCCCGAAGAGAUUCAUCCUGAUGCUGUUGAUAUCCGCUCUCAAGAUGUCUCUGAAGCCAAAGAAGCAAAGCGCUCUCGCCGACAUUCUCAUUCACAUUCUCAUCGAGGCAGCGGUGAACUAUUACACCGCCGUCGACGUGAAAGUUUUGCAUCAGGCGACAGCUCGGGUAAGAGCGGACGUGACAGACCAAGACACGAGCGUAGACACAGAGAUAAACACCCCGAAUCCGGUCUAGAUCGAGUGAAAGCACCCCCCGUAGCGUCUAUAGUGGUCAAAGACAAGCGUCAUCACGGCGAAUCCUCCCGAAAGGAGUCGAAGCGCCGGGCGCGAGAUGUAAAAGAAGCUGAGGAUCUCCGAAGGCUCCAGCUCGAAGACGAAGAGUAUGAGAGAGCCCGCGAAGCGCGCCGUCGUCGACGCCGUGAAGAGCGCCGCCGCGAGCGCGAAGAAGAGAAGCAACGCAUAGCUGAAGAAGAGGCCCAUCAACGAGAGCUAGAAGCCAAAAUCGAACGCAAACGACUCGCAAAGCUCGCAAAAAUCGAUGCCAAGAUUGCAGCCAAGAAGCAGGAGCUGGAAGAGAAGGAAGCCCAAAUACGUGCCAAAGAUGACUUCGACCCAAGCAUCGCUCAGGAAGAGGCCGAUCGACGGAGGCGACGCAGGGAGAGAAAAGCAGCAGAGCAAGCCGCUGCUCAGGGAACAUGGCGUGGAAAGGACGCUGCGAGGAGAGAGGCUGAAGAGUCUGAACCUACUACGACGACACGUCCCGUACACUCGCGAUCCCGUCGCCUCUCUGAAUCUGUUCCAACCAACCCUCCUCCUACGCAGCGCCGAAACUCUUUCCUUGGUAGCCUCUUCGGUCGCGGCCCUCCUAAGCCCGAUCCGCCACCUCCAAUCACAACCCGUUCACGCCCAGGCACAACAUCAAGUACAGCCCGCGUCCUCGAAAGUCGAGACUCCAACUCCUCGCGCCGCCGCGAGCGCGAUUCAUACGCUGCAGACUCAGACGUCAUCCGCCCAAAGCACCGACGGGCGUCGCAUCAUAAGCGUCUGCACGAGGACCUAAGUGAACCACCACGCACGCCAGAGAACGCAGAGACAUCCUCGGCAGCAAGAGAAGAGCCGGUAGACUCACCGAUGGCCCCCCCUCCAUCUCCUCCACGAAGUAGACGCGACGACAGAUCAAUCACACCUAUCCUCGCGCAACUAAGCAUGCAAGAGGCCGAUGUGCCGAGUCCGACGAGCACCACACGGGCAGAGCGGGCAGAUCGCGGAGAAACGGCCAGAGUGGCAAGAGAGGGGCAGAGAGUAAGAAGUGGACGUGUCGAGAGUGAUCGAACACGGACUAGAAAAGUGGAUGGGGAGGAGCCGAAACGGCGUCGCAGAAAGGACGUGGAGAGGAAACCGGGGAGCAAGAGGAAGGAAGAUGAGAAGAAUCCCUCCGGAGGAGGUAUCUGGAGUGGAUUGAAGCGGAUCCUAUCUUGAUUGGGGAGUUUUGAUGGAAGACGAAAGGUUCUUGGAUGUUUUAGUAUAACUUUUCCCUUUUCAUGCUUGAUGCAUUCUGUUGUGUUG